AUGCUCGACGUCGACUGUGAUAGGCUGGCUACCCUCGUUGGGCCCGAGAAGCAGGUGCUGAAGCUCCGGAAAGGGGAUGUGCUGAGGGGCCUGAAGGUGGUGGAGAGGCGCCGGAAGAUGCUGUAUGUGGAAUUUCCCGGCCUGAGCCAGUUCGUCGAGUACAGGCGAGAGCCACUGGACAUUCACGAGUUUGACGAGACCGCAGAGCAGGCUCUGGCCAAGAAGGCGCUGGGCCACCGCAUCUAUCGGAUGAGCCAAGCCGAGGAGCAGGGCAGAGAUGCGGUCGAAUCUGCUGGUAGCGGCUCCCUGGGCAAGGUUGCAGACAGAGCAUAG